UAGAUCGGUGGAAAAGCCUAAAACCCUGUCCUCGUGGAUCUACGAAACCCACAUAAACCCUUCCAACUCUCAACAACCCAACCCAUCAACGCCAGAUCUUGUUGGUUGUGUUCUGAAUCUCAAAACCCACGCUAUGAGAAGGCUACCCUCCAUUCUCUUCAGAAACCUCGCCGCCCCACGCGCCGCCGCCUCCUACGCCGUCCCCAACCGCCUUCUCCGUGCUCCCUUUCACACCGCCGCCGCCACCUCUCACCGCCGCCGCCUCUCCUCGCUCCUCGGCCCCUUCGCCGCCGCCUCUCUCGGCGUCGCCGGCGCCCUCUUCUCCCAGGAAGUCCUCGCCAAGGAGCCCCUGCCGCCCGAGGCUCUCCCACGCGACGUCGUUCUUUACCAGUUCGAGGCUUGCCCUUUCUGCAACAAAGUCAAAGCAUUUUUGGACUACUAUGAUAUACCUUACAAAGUUGUGGAGGUCAACCCUCUCAGUAAGAAAGAAAUCAAAUGGUCUGAGUAUCAGAAGGUGCCAAUAGUGAUGGUAGAUGGCGAGCAGCUAAAUGAUUCAUCAGUUAUAAUUGACAAGCUGAGACAUAAGGUUCUGUCAAAGGAAAUUGCAGACUCAACUUCUGAGGAUGAAGAGACAAAAUGGCGGCGGUGGGUUGAUAAUCAUUUGGUGCAUGUUCUGUCACCAAACAUAUAUCGAAAUACAUCUGAAGCACUUGAAUCCUUUGAGUAUAUUACGAGCAAUGGCAAUUUCAGCUAUUUAGAAAAAAUUUCGGUGAAGUAUGCUGGAGCUGUAGCUAUGUAUUAUGUGUCUAAGAAUCUGAAGAAGAAAUAUAACAUUACUGAUGAACGAGCUGCUCUAUAUGAGGCAGCAGAAACAUGGGUAGAUGCUCUGGAUGGCCGGGAGUUCCUUGGAGGGUCUAAGCCUAACUUAGCCGACCUGGCCGUCUUUGGGGUUCUAAGACCCAUACGCUAUUUAAGGUCUGGCAAGGAUAUGGUAGAGAAUACUCGUAUUGGUGAGUGGUAUGCCAGAAUGGAGAGUUCUGUGGGAGAGCCUUCCCGGAUUAAAGUCUAAAUUGGGUUCUUUUGAGUCCAAACUACAUUUAUUUUUUUGGCUUCUAUUACUAUGCUCUUGGCUUUUGUCUCCACUGGUUGGAAAGGAAGGCAUUUGGGUUUCUCAGAGGACAUAUUUGGCUAUUUAGAACAAUACUACAGUGUCGUAUUAGUGUUAUAUAGGCAAAAGUUUUGCUGAACUAUUGAUUCUUUAGAAAAUAUAUUCUUCUGUUAUAACCGCUCUUAUUGUAAAGAUUAAGAAAUCUUUGAGCUGUAUCGGAGGAGAAUAAGGCAACCUCUGUCAUGCCAUUGAUAUUUAAAACUUUGUUUUCGAUUAAUUUGAUACACGAAAGGACUUGGUAGAGUUGAAUA